CAGGUUCCCUGACUGGUGAGUUCGAGCGCAACGUGCCGGGUCUGUGGGGUCGACGCUAUGCCUGAACUCAGGACACCGGGGAGCUGUACGAGACAGCUCCAAGCUUCGAGGGCAACUGUCUCCAUCAGCAGCUGUCGACUCAAGAGCCCGUGAGGACCUGAGGACGUGUCUCGUCAGUGGAAACGCUCGCCAUCCGCCCGUCUACGCCGGCCGUUCCUGUCGGAUGCGCGGCGACUUACUCGGGCCCCAACCCCCGCCUCGCUUGAUUGAUGUCGCCGCUGACAAAGUAGAUGCCUCCGCCUGACGCAGACCGUAGCGCGAGCGAGUAGGAAAAGAACAGACUGAAGAAGAAAAAGAAGAAGAGGAGGAGGAGAUUUGGGCAGAGGAAGAGUGCUGCGCGUUAAAUAUUCCGGCGCCGGGAGGCGGCGAUUACUCUCGCCGGAGUGAGGGACUGAGACAUCAGGACAAGCUCUAAGUUACACCCGGGCCAGAUUUUCGCGACGGAAUUAAUUUCUUCUUUCCUCCCGCCCUGCCACGCCGGUGACGCAAAUGAGCGCACAGCGCCGGCUCGUCAGCCCUCGGAGCCAUCUGGCGGUCUGAGGUGGACUCUCAUCUCGCUGACAGAUUGCCCCCGCCCCCUCCCAGUCUAUUGGCGCACAGCUUUCCGGGAGUCUUCCGUACUUCCGAGAGGCCCACUCGGGAGGGACUCUCGCCCCCACCUCCGAAAAGUGCAGCGACUGCCUCCUCACGAUUUAAUCCCAUUUCCCCAGCCUGAGGACACCGGUCCACCCGAAGUGCCAUUCCCUGGCUCGAGAAGGACGGUCUGACAGACUUGCAUUAUUAAUCUUCAGCCCGAAGUACACGUCACCCGUCUCUUGCAAUCAGUCCUUCGUGAUUCUUUGACUCUUAACGCCCAGUAGCGGCACGUCAGUUCUACCAGCUGGAGAAGUUCCUUCGCUCGCUACUCGGCUCUCCUCUGCGCCCCAUUUCUCCAUUUUAAGGGCGGCUUACAAGCAUUUCUCUCAUUUUGGAGAGCCACUGUGCAGUCGGUACUGUACAUUGUAGAACUUCCCAUCUGUCACAUGGGAUACAGCCCUCUAUCCUCGACAGUGUUCAUCUGAUAACUGUCAUUCCUAUAACAUCAUUUCUGAGUCUGCACCGGAUUUCAUGCCCAGCCAGUACGUUUUGGAGUACUGCAGCGUUUAGUACCUGUCGGAAGUUUUCUACGCGCUCCCGUUGUCCACCACUCACUGUCAAGUGGUUUCUUACAUAGUACGCUUUACUGUGAGACUGACUAUUGGUUGGCAUCCUUGCACCAGGGAGCCAAGUUUCUGAAUGGGUGCAGUAACUGGCGGAGACUAGGGAGCGAGUAUAGUGCAAUGACUGUGCGACAGCUCCAGAGGGAGAAGAGGAAGAAGGUCCAUCUCGCAGUAGCCCGGUCCCUUACUGCUGACAGCCUGACCACACCUGUCGCAAAUUUUGCUAAACGGAAAAUUAGGCACACGGAGAAAUGCCAGUUAUUUUAGGAGAGCAGUGUGUGUUCUGCAAGGUCGGGACGUGGUGAUUCCGAUAUCCGUUUCGCAACAGCAUUCCACCCAUUACACUGCUACUGUCUCUGCAAGGUCACGAGGUGGUGAUUCCGACAUUCGUUUCCCGACACCAUUCCUCCCGUUACACUGCUACUGUCUCUACUCUGGGAAAGGAUCUCGUGAGGGGUACGUGUGUGUGACUGUACUAGUGAUGGAUCAUCGUGGGAAGACAGUGCCACAGUGACGUGUGAAAGGAUACUCUUUCUUCAGAACCUAGACCCGAAGUGUACAGGUAUCGGUAAGACGGCUGACUGAGGUUUGGUGAGUGUGCUUAGUGGCUGUGAAGGGUCAGAGUGUAGUGGUGACUGAAGAGUCGUAGUAGGUGACCUCUUGGGAGCAGUGCGAUAGGAUAGGAGUGCAGCUCGGCUGUAGGACAGUAGCGGGAGUGUGGGUGUGCCGGGAGAGGAGUUAGUUUCGGCCCGGGGAUGGACCCGCGUGGAACGCCUCCGUAGGCAGCCAUGGCGGAGGACCGCCGGCGCCUGUCGCAGACGCUGGACCCGCUGGCGCGCCUCGCCGAGCUGACGGUGGGCGGCGGGGGCGGCUCCGCCUCCGGCUCGGCCCCCGGCUCCGCCCCCGCGUCGCCGCGCCUGCUGCCGCGCCGCUCGCGCCUCCGCGCCGGCUCGCCGCCCCCGCAGCCGCCGCCGCGGCCGCACCACCUGCACCACCACCAGCACCACCAGCAGCACCACCACCACCACCCGCUGCUGCAGCAGAUGUCGCUGCCUCUGCCGCUGUCCGCGUCGCCGCCUCCGCCGCCGGCGCCGUCGACGUCUGCGCAGCACGCGACCGCCAGCAUGGCGGCGUCGCUGUUCGCCGAGCUGCUGGAGGCGGAGCCGGCGGCGGCGCCGCGCUGGGGGCUGGGGGGCGGCCUGGAGGCGGCCGGGGGCGGCCUGCUGCUGCACCACCACCAGCACCAACACCAGCACCACCCGCACCACCAGGCGGCCGCCGCUGGAGCCAGCUGGCAGGAGCGCUGCCUGGAGCUGCAGCUGGAGCUGCACCGCUGCCGCGCCGACGCCGACCGCGUGCGCCACGCCCUCAGCGACCAGGUGGGUGCAACUAGCUAA